CGGAAGUGAGGCGCAGGGGCGGGGCGGUUUCGCUACGGUGGCCGAGAGGAGGGCGGCGACGGGAGAGGAGGGCGGCGACGGCCCCGCGCAUGAGGCCGCCCCGUGAUGAGCUCCAAGGCCAAGCGGGUGCUGCCCACCCGCCCUGAGCCCCCCAGCGUAGAGCAGAUCCUGGCCGAUGUGCAGGGCACCCACCCGGCCGACCCCGUCUUCCUCCUCCCUGCAGAGCCCCACCGGGACCACGAUCCCUCCCCAGGCUCCCCCAGCCCUGGCAGGCAGGAGGCUGCUGCAGAGAAGAGGGAGCGGCUGUACCGGCAGAGCCGCUCCUACGUGGAGAUGAACCAGCGGCUCCAGGAGUCCCAGGACCAGCUGCGGGACCAGUGCGAGGAGCUGCGGCGGGUGGGAGCGGCGCUGGAGCGCGGCAUUACUGAAAUGAGGCAGAAAGCUUUCUGAGGCCAGCAGCCUCCGGCCGGGUGGUGUCGGUGCUCGGGACUCCUCUCUGUGGGCACCUUGUCUCGUGGUCGUGGUUUUGCCUGCCCAAAUUGGGGGUAGAACCAAUUGCGUUUGAUUUACGGGAGGAUCUGACUUUGCCGCAACGUUGCCGGCGCCUCACCGGCGAGCAAGAGGGCUGGGGCUGUGCCACUUUGGCAGCCUGACUUUUCCCCAGGGAGCGGCCGGACCUGCUGCCUGUGCCGGGAAGGGGCUGUCUGGGCGUGGUGGCAGGUUCCUGGUGCAGGAGGAAAGGCUCAGCCCCCGUGUGUGGUCCCUGCUGUUCCUGAACUUGAUGCCCUCGUCCCUGGUGGGUGGCAUGUCGUCCGUGCCCUCGCACCGCGGCUUCACCUAUGACUUUUCCAUCUGGUACUGCCCCGAGGAUGACCACAUUGCCUCCCGCAUCUCGGAGCACUUGAGGAGAAAGGGUUUUCGGGGUUACACAGAGCACCAGGACCAAGUGGCUGGGACAUCUGUCGUCCCAACCACCACCGAGGUCAUCGAGGCCAGCCGGGUGACCAUCCUCCUCCUCUCUGCCAAGUCCCUGGGUGACCCGUGGUGCCAGCAAGUUUCCCAGUGGAACCUGUAUCACAUCAUCCACUGCUGUGGGACCAAGCUCAUCCCCGUGUACGUGGACGUGAAGAAAGCCGAGGUGCCUCCUUUCCUGCAGCACCUCAUUGAGCUGGAAUACCCAACAGAGUUCUUCUUUGACAGGCUCGUGGACAGCCUGAGAAAGUCCUGCUCAGUCGUGAGCAAAGCCAGACCUGCCCCAUCCUCCAAAGCGACGAGCUGAGGGACCAUGGGCGCUGGGGGCCGGUGUUGCAUCCUGGCCGGGGGCCGGGGUGGGCUCCCUCGGUCCUGCAGCCGUGGCGGUGGGUGCAGAGUUGUGCUGUACUGCUAAUAAAGGUGGUGGGAACGGGUCACCGCGAUGCUGGGGAUUGUCACAAAUCUCAUUAAAAACCCUUCUCGGAGAA